AUGGAAUUGAAAGGAAAGGUCGCUCUCAUCACCGGUGCCUCUGCCGGCAUCGGACUAGCCUAUUCAGAGGAAUUGCUCAAGCAAGGUGCCAAGGUUUCACUAUGCGAUAUCGACUCCGAGAUCGGCGAACAAGUAUCCGACGAAUUGGGCGCAAAGUAUGGCCGAAAGAACGUACUUUUCUGUCAAUGUGAUGUUACUGAUUACCCCCAGUAUGAAGAGGCUUUUGAGAUGACUAUGAAGGUGUUCAAUCGGCUAGACAUCGUCAUCAACAAUGCAGGCGUCAUGAACGACAGAUUUUGGGAACUAGAAGUUGAUGUUAAUUUAAAUGGUGUGAUACGCGGCACUUUGCUUGCGUACCGCUUCAUGGGCAAGGACCGCGGCGGUCAGGGUGGUACAAUAGUAAACACCGCGUCCACAGCGUUCGCUCGCCCACAGGUUUCCACGCCCAUCUACACCGCCACUAACUAUGCGGUUGUCGGACUUACCAGGGCGUAUGGAGAUCAGUACCAUGUCAACUUGACUGGCGUGAGAAGUCUAGUACUGUGUCCAGGCCUGACUGACACAGGUCUGGUAAAGGAAAUACGCAAGCAACUCAUGUCAUCAGAGUACGAAGCAGCCUGGCAACGGGACAACGCCAAUAGUAAAACGCAAAGUGCGGAGCACGUCGGCAGAGCAUUAAUAGAAAUCCUUACUAAGGCGCAGAGCGGCUCCGUGUGGGUAGUGGAGAAUAAUCAACCGCCGAGGGAAUGGCGUGGCUAA